AUGUCUGCUGGACCAUCCCACUACAGAGUUCCGAGGACGCAGUCUCAACCGAACUCAAGAUUCACGAAUCUAGACAAAGCGGGAACGAAACUCCCAGUCCACCUGAUAUUCAAUCAAGGUCAAGAACAACCCGAUAAUUUCGACCCGCUUCGUCUGGAUUGGAGUCCAACAGUCUGGGAUACUAGUUCGUACGGAAGUGGCAAGGAAACAACUAAGGUACAUGGACCGCCUGUUGUUAAACUCUACCAAGAGCCCGAGAGUCCAGCAAAAGCGCGAGACAGAAGGGGCAUCCGAGACGUUGGAUUGUUUCCAGUCGAACCAUCUGAGAUCAUCAUGUGCGAGAAGAUGAUACUGGAUAGAACUUGGGAUUCGAACAAACAUACUUAG